UAACACAAGUCGUUUGAAACGACGCCGUUUAGCAACAACCCUAGCAACAUACAUAACUGAAUAAAAUCAGCACCAUUUUCUUCAAUUCAAUUCAUCUCCUUUUCCUUUGUCGUUGAUUCGCACAAAAAACAAUGUCAAACAAAAAACUAUCCUUCUCCCUCCCUUCUUCAAAAUCUUCAUCAUCCAAAUCCAAUUCCAUCAAACCCUCUCAAAACUUCCACGACGACGAAGACCCAUCUUCAAAUUCCAAACAAUUAAUCACCGAAUUCGACCCUUCCAAACCCCAAACCCUACACCCUCCCAAAACCCUAAUUCCCCCACUCCCAAAUCAAUGGCGUCCCAACAAAAAAAUGAAGAAUCUCGACCUUCCAAUCACCGAUUCCCACUCUUCCCAUUCCCUCGCAUUCGAAAUCGAUACUACUUCGAUCUCCGAUCAGCCCGAUGACAACACGUCGUUCGGUCUCAACCUCCGUUCCACCACAACCGACGAUAACAACACCAAACAACAACAACAACCUGAUGUGCCGCGGCCCCGUGUUUCGGUUGAGGUUUCGAUGAUGAAGAAGUUUAAGGAAGAUUUAGAGAGGCUUCCUGAUGACCAGGGUUUCGAUGAAUUUAAGGAUGUUGCGGUGGAUGGUUUUGGUGCUGCUCUACUUGGUGGGUACGGAUGGAAAGAAGGAAUGGGAAUUGGGAAAAAUGCUAAGGAGAAUGUUAAGGUUGUUGAGAUUAAGAGAAGGACUGCUAAGGAAGGUUUAGGGUUUGUUGCUGAUGUGCCUCCUCCUACGUCGAAGAAAAGCGAAAUGAAUGGAAAGAAAGAGAGUGAGAAGAGGAAGAAGGAGGAGAGAAUUGUUAGAAUUGUAAGAGGGAGAGAUGUUGGAUUGAAGGCCAGUGUUGUAGAUAGAUUUGGAGAUGAUUUUUUAAUUUUGAAGGUUUUAAGGAGUGGUGAAGAAGUUAAGGUUAAGAUAGAAGAUGUUGCUGAAUUGGGUUCUAAAGAAGAAGAUAGGUGUUUGAGGAAAUUGCAGGAUUCUAAGACUCGAGGACGUGAAGAGGAAAAUGGGUCUCGUAGUAAACGUGGUAGGGAUGAAGUUGAAGAGAGGAGAGUGAACGGUAAUGGUGGUGGUAGGGAAGAGAAGGGGAAGAAACAGAUUUCUUGGCUUACAAGUCAUAUUCGGGUUAGGGUGAUUAGCCGGAGUUUUAAAGCAGGGAGAUUGUAUUUAAAAAAGGGAGAGGUUUUGGAUGUUAUUGGACCUACUACUUGUGAUAUAUCGUUGGAUGAGAGUAGGGAGAUUAUUCAAGGGGUGUCUCAAGAUAUGCUUGAGACGGCUAUUCCCAAACGAGGAGGACCUGUUCUUGUUUUGUAUGGUAAACAUAAGGGUGUCUUUGGGAGUUUGGUUGAGAGAGAUUUGGAUAGGGAGAUUGGAGUUGUUAGGGAUGCUGAUACGCAUGAACUGCUCAAUGUUAAACUUGAACACAUGGCAGAGUAUAUAGGAGACCCAAGCUUAUUGGGACAUUGAUUCUAUUGUAUUUACUAUCUGUUGCAUAGGAUUUCCAUAUGAAGAAACAAAUUACAAAAACUCCAAAUCUGCAGUUCUCUUAUGUCCACCUCAUCACUGCCCUUGUUUGCCGUGUUCUUGGAAUACUCUUUGUCAAGCCUGACCAAAUCCGCCACUUCCAUGCCUGUUGUGAUUGUGCCCUGAGUGAAGGUCAAGCCUGCAUUGAAGUCAGAAAUGUUGUCUAACUCACAAACCUAAAUGAAAAAGAUGAGUCAAAACAGCACGGGGCAUAGCAGAGACUGAGAAGGUGAUUGAUCAAUGGUAGAUAAUACAUAUGACAAGGUCAACGUCAUCCAAAGGGGACAUUUUGGAUUUGAGAGCUUGGACACUGAUUUGCAGGCAGUGGCGGAGGGCUUCCUCAUGUGGCUGGCGGGUUGAAACUUCUUUGAAAGAGCUGAAAGUUCUGAUCCGUGGUAGCAAAAAAGACUGAAAAUCAGACAAUUGAUUAUAAUAUAGAUAUCCAACUGCAGCUGGUUUCCACAAAUUAGACAACCCAACUGGAUUUAAAAAACAUCAAAAUGGGCCAAUUAUUUUUGUGUGGGCAAAUAUCCGCUUUCUCAAAAUUGAUUUUAUAUAUAGUUGGGGUUGGGGCUUGGAAUCAGUUAUUUUGUUCACCCCUAUUAAUGCGUCCAAUGUAUUAUCCUGGUUGUAUGUAGACCUCCUGUUAGGCCCACUUAUGUAAUCCCUAUGUAACAAAAUAUAAGCAUAAAAGUACAUGUAUUUGAAUCAUAUCUAGUCUAAAUACAUGUAUUUUUUACUUAUAUUUUGUCAUGGAGGGAGUAAGGUGCAAGCCAUUUAGUAAGGUGCAAGCCGAAUGGCCUAGUUUAGAGUUUAGUAGUAUGUGUAUAAAAAUAAAUAGAAGCAGUUACUAGUAGUUUGGAGAGACGAGGCUCUAUAAUAUCCUAGCAGUUACUAGUAGUUGUAACUUCCUAUUCUAACUUAGAAGAAACAUAGUUUCUUGAGUAUUAUUAUUAAUAGAAGUGGCAUUUAGUCAUUAA